AUGCAAAAUUGGCAACUUGAUGAUCUUAUAUCCACUCAAUCAAAUAACUUGAACCUUAUCAAAGGUUUAAGUUUAAUACGGCCAAAAGCAACUGUGGGAAGCUUAGCAAUUUAUGACAAUUGUGAAUUUGAUGAACUUUGCCAUUUUAGGCAAAUUUAUCAGCUUGAAAUUGAAGAUACAAUUACCG